AUGAAGGUCGGCUCAAUCGAUCUGGAAAAUGCCAAGGAUAAAGACUUCAGGGAUACGGAGAAUAAGGACAAAAGUGCUACCUCAGAGGGUUGCUGCAAAAAGAAAGGAAACCUACUUGCAGACUUUGAAGAUGUUGCUGUGUAUUUCUCAAAGGAAGAAUGGCGAUAUCUAGAAGCAGACCAAAUUAACCUUUAUCGGCAAGUAAUGAUGGAUAACUACCAAACAAUCCACUCACUGGGAUACCAAAAUGAAAAACCAACUUUGAUCUCAAAAAUUGAACAAGAUGAAGAUCUGUAUAUGACAGUAUUGGAAAAACAUUCACAGGAUGCCCCUGGAUUCAUCACAAAAGAGCUCCAUACAUCUCUGUUAACACUUGAAGGACUGAGAGUGAAAGACAUACAUUUAAUAGAUGACCUAGAAAACAGUACAAAGACAUGCUCUAAUGAAAAUGGGAGUCUACCCCGCAGACGUCAGUACAACUUCCGAGACCGAGUUGCAGUGGAGUACACAAUGUUUUAUGAUGAUGAAGAUGAAAUGAGAAAUUGUAAACCUCACAAGAGCUUGCAGAGAAAAUCAAGCUAUGACAAAAUUGUAGAUGUCCUCCGAUUUAAAACGGAACAGUUACGUACAACACCUGAGGAAUUGACGGUGCAAGAAAUACACUUAACAGGUCACCUACAAAAUAAUACAAAAACAUCCGCUUAUAAAAAUCGGAGUCUGCGUUCCAAGCGUCAGUACAAUUUCCAAGACAGGGGUGCAGUGGAGGACACCAUGUUUUAUGAUGGUAAAAUUAGUAAGCCUAAACCUCAGAAGAGCUUGCAGAGAAGGUCAAGCAAUGGCAAAAUUGUAGAUGCCCUCAGAUUCAACAUGGAAAAGAUACAUACAUCUUUAAUGCCUGAAAAAUUGACAGUGGAAGAAGUACACUUAACAGGUGACUUAAAAAAUAAUGCAAAAACAUCCUCUAAUGGAAAUGGGAGUCUGCCCCCCAAACAUCGGUACAAUUUCCGAUACAGAGGUGCAGUGGAGGACACCAUGUUUUAUAAUGGUAAAAUAAGUAAGCUUAAGCCUCAGAAGAGCUUGCAGAGGAAGUCAAUGUAUGGCACAAUUGUAGAUGCCCCCAGAUUCAACAUGGAAAAGAUACAUACAUCUUUAUCACCUGAAAAAUUGAACGUAGAAGAAGUACACUUAACAGGUGACCUAAAAAACAAUACAAAAACAUUCUCUAAUGGAAAUGGGAGUCCGGCCCCCAAACGUCAGUACAAUUUCCGAGACAGAGGUGCAGUGGAGUACACCUUGUUUUAUGAUGAUGAGGUGAGAGAACUUAAACCCCAUAAGAGUUUGAAAAAAAAGUCAAACUAUGGCAAUAUCCAACCAAAGUGUGGCAGAUAUACUUGUAGUGAAUGUGGGAAAAGCUAUAGUCAAAAACCAGGGCUAAUGAAACAUCAGAAGAUCCAUACUGGCAUUUCUAUCUAUGUUUGUUCAAAAUGUGAUAAGUGUUUCACUCAACGUGCUAACCUCAAGAGACAUGAGAGAUGUCAUUCUGUAGAGAGACCCUUUGUCUGUUCUUACUGUGGAAAAGGCUUUACUGAAUCUUCAUCAUUACUCAAACAUCAGAGAAUUCACACUGGAUUUAAGCCAUUUGCAUGUUCGGAAUGUGGCAAGACCUUCAGCAUAAGUACCUACCUUAUUGUCCACCAGAGAACUCACACAGGAGAGAAGCCAUAUGUCUGUGCAGACUGUGGGAAAAGCUUUACUCAAAGUUCCAGUCUCAUCACACACCAGAGAACUCAUACAGGCAUAAAGCCGUAUGCUUGCAUAGAAUGUGGGAAGGGCUUUACUACUAGUUCCCACCUUAUCACUCACCAAAGAAUCCACACAGGAGAGCGUCCUUACCAUUGUGGGGAGUGUGGGAAGGGCUUCAAACAUAGUACCCAUCUUGUCCUACAUAAACGUAAGCAUACUGGUGAGCGGCCCUACAAAUGUGUUAAGUGCCCACGGACCUUUGCCCAGAGACCUCAGCUUCUGAAACACCAACAAAAACGUCAUGCAUAUGAAUAG